UUGAGUCAUUUACGCUGUCUUGACUGCGUGGGAAAGUUUUUCUCUGUGGAAGAGUCCACUCCGCCUCCCCACGCUUCAUAAACGCACUCUGCAACGGGCCGAGGGUUCGGACUUCUUUUGCUUCUCGAUUCUCUUUGUUUCCCUUGGACUGUGACGAUUCUGACGGAAUUCCUUGCAGAGGACCCUCUCUGUGUACGACUCAGAGGGGUGACCGCGAUCCGUUCGUGUGAGUGAAGCGCCUGCAAAAGAAUAAACCAGAGAGAGGCUGUCAGUGGUCGAUCAGGCUUCGAGAAGACUUUGAGCGGCUCCUCCGCCGCUGUCUAUCCGCCUCCGAGGUCAUGGGCUGCGGAUUGAGGAAGCUGGAGGACCCCGAGGACAGCAGUCCCGGAAAGAUCUACUCGACGCUGAAGAGACCUCAAGUGGAGACCAAGACUGAGACCGUCUACGAUUAUGUCCUCCUGGACUUCAGCUUGGAAGGUAGCCGUCCCACAGUGCAGUACGUGUCGUCACUGGCCGAACUGCCUCAGGCUCUGCAGCCGUACUACACGCAGGGCUACGUCCUGACCGCCCUUCACCCCAUCAUCCUGUCAGUGGGCCGCGCUCGCUCGCUACCCUUCAGCUUGCUCUAUCGCGCCGUCCUGGCCCGACCCAGACUGAGUCGACAGACGGCAUCGAUGUGUCACAGUGUGCCCGUGCUGAGGGUGGAGGAGUGGCCGCUACCCGGUGACUCGCUGACGGGCGACAUUGUUCGAGCGCUAAUUGACAGGGUGAACAGCAGCGCUCGCGGCGGUGUCCGUUUCGUCGGCUCGGUCCUCCAGCAGGUGAGCGUGCUGAGUAACGGCAAUCGGCUCCACAGUCCGAAGAGGAGCUGCCGCUCGCCCACGCACUCUCCUCCUCGCACCCCCCCAGGAGACCGAGAUCUGGAGGAGAACACGUACAGUCCAGACAUGCGACUUCUGGUCUUCUUCCACGCCUGGACUCCGGGUUGCGCCCCUCUGGAUUCCUUAGCGUGCCAGUACCACCAGGGGGCGUUGUCCAUGCGAGUCUCCAGGAAGGGCCAGGUGGUGAGCGCCCUAGAGGCCGACUGGCUGGAGUUGACGGCGGCCUACUAUCGCAGAGGCUGGUCGCUGGUGGACUCCUUCGUCUACUGGGACACCCCAAAAGGCGAGCCCGUGCCACGGUCUCUUGAGGGCCUUUUUGUGUACGAAGAGAAGAGCACCGCACCCCCAGCCAACGAUACCAUCGUGGUGGAGCAGUGGACUGUCAUUGAGGGCUCCAGUGUGAAAACAGACUACGGGCCGCUACUUCACACACUGGCAGAGUUCGGAUGGCUGCUGACGUGCGUUCUGCCUACUCCCAUCAUACGACAUGACAGUGAUGGGAAUCUGGCCACCAAGCAAGUUGUUUUUCUUCAGCGGCCAGUCAGGAGUCAAGCAGCAACACAACACAGGAACCAGGUUCUGUCGGUGCACAGCGACGUAUCCAGCCGCUCCGUGAGUCGCUCCGUCAGUGGCGCCGCGCUUCGGCAGGAGCUCUCUCCUGUGGCCGGGGGCAUCGGCGGCUUCCCGGUGUUCGGACCGGCGUUCCCCAGCUCCCUGUCGCACCUGGAGGAAGGUGGCUUUGACCAGGAGGAGGGCAAGGCGGAGGUGACCUGCAUGUGAGCUGACUGACAAUAUGAGAUCCCCAGAUGGAGGAAAUCAUACUGUGGAAGAACUCUGCACUUUUUUUGUUUUGAACCCAAGCCAUAAGGAGAAGAACAUAUGGGAAACCAUUCCAGCAUUAACUAAAUAUCCAGUUUAAGGUCCAUGAAGUAGUUUAUGUUUUUAUCAUCGUCCGAGUCGGACAAUUAGUGUGUUUUAGGACAACUACAUAUUACUAGUAAAUGGACUUUAAACUGGAUAUUGAGUAAAAGCUCAAGCGUCUGCCCUGCGACUCUCUCACCUAGAGUCUCAUUUUAUUUGGGUUACUUGUAGGUUUUGGAAACAGGGGGGAAAAAAUCUGCCAUUAUUACCUUUUAAAAGAGAGAGAGAAGGAAAGCAAUACAAAUAUGUAGUGAACCAAUUUUGGCACCAAGUAUUUUCUUUAAGUUAUAUGGCAGGGAUGUCAAACAGGUUGCAUGAUAGUUUUGGUUUCCUUUGGAGGGCCAUUAUGACUGUGACCCAAAAUUAAUGUAGUAUGAUUGCCUGUUACAUAUCACAACUAACAGAUGAUUACGUUUGAAAUCAGAGGCUAGUAAAAAAAAAAAAAAAGAAAGGCAGUCCAAAUGUUUUUGUUUUACGAGUGAGUAGCUGCUCCGCGGGUUUUUAUUUAUUGGUUUGAGACAAUUUAUGCACACGUCAAAGUCAUUCUGGUGUAUGUUUUUCCUUGUGACUAUUAAUAGGACACAUUCCAAUCACUUUGCAUUUUAUAUCCUGGAUGGACAAAAAGUAUUGGGACUAUUUAGUUUUCUCAGAUAUUCAUUUUGCUCACUUUUGUCUUCCUGUCCCAAUACUUACUGUCCACACAGAGGGGCUAUGCUUCUGGAAGUCUGACAGAUGCCAUUGCAGACAUCUUUAGUUUAGGUAUUAAAAUCAUGAAUCCUGGUGUUACAAAGGACUACAACAGUAUUAUAAGAGGGACUCUAUUGUGUUUAUAUUUUUAAAUCCACACCGGCCUUCUUCCAUUGUGAAAUUGUUGCUAUUAUAAUGAAGAAAUAAAAAUGUAAAACUGACAUAUGGAUACUAAAUGACAGCAUUAAUUCCAAUUGUUUUGUUUUUAAGUUGUACAUUUGCUUUACUGUAUGAAGUUUAUUGAAAAAAAUAAUUUCUCCACCAUU